UGUCGGUCAGCUGACUCGGGCUACAGUCAUGUGAUUUCUGAAUCAGAGCAGAGCGGCUGGAAGAAACAAUGGCUCUGUUUGCACCUCUCUUUAUUUUCUUCUUUUUUCUCUCUGUUCUCCUCUCCACAGGGCUCUCCUCUCCGCUUCCGGGUAAAGAAGUGUGGGACUAUGUGGAAGUGAGACCCGGGGCCCACAUGUUCUGGUGGCUGUAUUAUCCGGACAACCCGUCUGCUCAGUAUCAGGAUCUGCCGCUGGUCAUGUGGCUGCAGGGUGGGCCAGGAGGAUCAGGAAGUGGAUUUGGCAACUUUGAAGAGAUCGGACCACUUAACAGGGAUCUAGAGCCCAGGAAGACCAGCUGGGUGCAGGCAGCCAGUGUGUUAUUUGUGGACAACCCUGUGGGUACUGGCUUUAGCUAUGCUGAACGGCCUGAUGGCUUUGCCACCAACGUUUCCACUGUGGCGUCAGACAUGCUGGUGCUGCUCAAACACUUCUUCACGCGGAUACCCGAGUUCCAGGUCAGUUAACCUCCAAUCACUUUAUUUCAU